AUGAGAAACAAAGUAUUGGUUUUGCCAUGUAUUUUGUUGCUGCAUUGUUAUCUAGUCCUGACAAUGAAGAGUCCAACGCAAGAGAAAGCAGAAUCUGUGAUCCCAGUCGCAACAUUGUCACCUCCAGAAGGCAACACAACAUUUCUUGGUGGCACAACAUGGUGUGUGGCCCUUUCAGGUGUCUCUCAAAUAGAUUUGCAGAAUGCAUUAGACUGGGCCUGUGGUCUAGGCAUGGCAGAUUGCAGUCCAAUCCAAGAGGGUGGAGCCUGUUUUGAUCCUGACACUCUGGUUUCUCAUGCCUCCUAUGCUUUCAACAACUAUUACCAACAAAAUGGGAAUUCUGAUAUCGCUUGCAAUUUUGGAGGAACUGCCACCGUAACUAGAAGUGACCCUAGUCAUGGAAAAUGUAACUAUGGUGCACCUGGAUCUGUUGGGUCGUCAGCAGCUUCUUUGUUCAAGUGCAAAACAAACUUUAUAUGGUUGAAGUUUGCUGGGAUUUUGCUGCUUUUGUACUUGAGAAGAUGA